AUGGACUCUCUCAAUGUCUUCGCGAAGCGCGAAGAGGAGAAGCCCAGCGAGAGCUCGAACUCGCUGUCGGGCAUCGUCUCGACCCUUGUUCCCACCCUCAUCAUCUCUGCUGUGAUGGUGCUGUUGUUCCUGAUCUUGCGCCGAAGCCAGCGUCGCCAGUACAUUCCCAGAACAUAUAUUGGAGCUCUGCGUCAGCAUGAGCGCACUCCCGAGCCUAGUCCCGGCCUCUUUGGCUGGAUAAAGUCUAUGAGCAAGCUGCCAGAUACCUAUGUCUUGCGCCAUCAGUCUAUGGACGCCUACUUGCUGCUGCGGUACCUCAAGAUCUCAGUGGCUCUCUGCUUCUUUGGAUGUCUGAUCACUUGGCCCGUGCUUUUCCCCGUCAACAUCACCGGUCAUGGUGGCCGUCAGCAGCUUGAUAUGCUUGCCAUUGGAAACGUGAGCAACAAGAUUCCUGGAAAUCUCAACAGGUACUAUGCUCACUGCUUCGUUGCUUGGGCUUUCGUCGGAUUUGUAUUCUGGAUGGUCACUCGCGAACUGCUUUACUUCAUCAACCUGCGACAGGCUUACUUCAUGUCCCCAGUGUAUGCUGAGCGCAUCUCCUCCAGGACAGUGCUUUUCACCUCGGUACCAGAAGACUACUGCGACGAGGCCAAGAUUCGUGCUAUGUAUGGAAACGACAAAGUCAAGAACGUCUGGCUCGUCACUGAUGUCAGUGAGCUCGAGAAACUUGUCGGAGAGCGUGACAAGGCUGCCAUGCGCCUCGAAGGUGCUGAGACUAAGCUCAUCAAGAUGGCCAACGUUGCUCGCGGCAAGGCUAUGCAGAAGGGAGGUGAAGUGGAGACUGACCCAGCUUCUCAAGGAAAUGUUGGUGAAGCUGAAUCUGGCUCCGUUGCCGCCCGAUGGGUCAACGCAAGUCAGCGACCUACUCACCGUCUCAUGCCCGUCAUUGGCAAAAAGGUCGACACCAUCAACUGGGCUCGUGAGGAGAUUGGACGUUUGACCCCCGAGAUCGAUAACCUGCAGCGCAACCACAUGAACGGACAAGCCAAACGUGUCUCUGCCGUUUUCGUUGAAUUCAAGACUCAAAAUGACGCCCAGGCUGCUUACCAAAUGUUGGCUCAUAACCUUCCGCUACACAUGGCUCCUCGCUACAUCGGUAUUAACCCAACUGACAUCAUCUGGUCUAACUUGCGUAUCAAAUGGUGGGAGCUCAUCAUCCGCUAUGCCGCCACGAUUGCUGCCGUUACCGCUCUCAUCAUCUUCUGGGCUAUUCCCGUUGCCGCUGUCGGUGCCAUCUCAAACAUCGACUAUUUGAUGGAGAAGGUCCCAUUCUUGAGAUUUAUCGGCAAAAUUCCACCCGUGAUUCUUGGUGUUGUUACUGGAUUGCUCCCUACUAUUUUGCUUGCCGUCCUCAUGGCCCUGUUGCCAAUUAUCCUCAGACUUCUCGCCAAGAUUGGAGGAUGCCCUACCAAGGCUGCUGUUGAAUUGCGCACCCAGAACUUCUAUUUUGGAUUCCAAGUCGUUCAGGUCUUUUUGGUGGUCACCCUGUCGUCCUCUGCUUCCAGCGCUGUCAGCGACAUUAUCAAGAACCCUACCUCUGCUCCUGGUUUGCUCGCUCGAAGCAUCCCGACCGUCUCCAACUUCUACAUCUCCUAUAUCAUCCUUCAAGGCUUGACUUUCAGUGCCGGUGCUCUUCUACAGAUCGCUGGUUUGAUCAUCUCCAAGCUCUUGGGCAUGAUUCUGGACAACACUCCUCGAAAGAUGUACACCCGUUGGUCCACCCUCUCCGGUAUGGGAUGGGGCACCAUUUUGCCUGUUCUCACUAACCUCGUUGUCAUUGCCAUCACCUAUGGAGCCAUCGCCCCCUUGGUUCUUGGAUUUGCUACCGUUGGCAUGCUCCUCUUCUACCUCUCUUUCCGUUACAACCUCCUAUAUGUCAACGACACCGACAUUGACACCAAGGGCAUGAUCUACCCACGUGCUCUUAAGCAGACUCUCGUUGGCUGCUAUCUCCUCAUUAUCUGUUUGAUCGGCCUUUUCGCCAUUGGUACUGCUGCCGACAGAGCCGCCACCGGCCCCAUGAUCCUUAUGAUCAUCUUCUUGGUUUUCACCGUCCUUUACCAUAUCUCUCUUCUCAACGCUGUCAACCCACUUCUUAACUAUCUGCCAAAGAACCUCGAGGCUGUCGAAGACCAGCACCAGGCUCUUCUCGCCCAGAACAAUGGCCAGGCUGCCCACAACGGUGAUGCCGAGAAAGGAGAUGUCCGUGGCGUUACUCACGAGCCAAACAUGGUCUCUAAGUUCUUCGGAGUUAACAAGUACGAGGGCUACGAGCAGCUCCGCGAACUCGUCCCCCACGGCGCCUAUGACACCGAGUACCCAGCCGAAGUGGCGAGAAACGCAUACUACCACCCCUCGGUCACUGCUACCGCGCCACUCCUCUGGAUCCCCCGUGAUGACGCCGGUGUCUCCCGCCAGGAAGUCAUUCACACCAGCCGUUUCAUUGGUAUCACCGACGAAGAUGCCUUCAUUGACAACAAGGGUAAGAUUGGCUGGGACGAAGAGAAAGGCACUCCUCCUAUCCAAGAGGAGAAGAUCUACUACUAG